AUGACUAGAAUGAGAAAAUUGAGCGUCGUCGUUGGUGCGGUUAUCGCCACGACGUAUGGCGGCACUAUGAUUCUUCACAAUGCUCCAAUCUCCACUAGCGACUAUGGAGGAGGUUCUCAUCUCGAGACUCUUCGGAAAAAGCUACAUGCUCCGAACGCUGUAGUUCCGUCAAGGGAGACGCUUCAGUCAGCAUUGAUGGCCACUAACAAGGCCAAUCCUCUCGAUGUUCUUGUUAUUGGCGGCGGUGCCACUGGUACUGGCGCCGCACUUGAUGCUGUGACUCGUGGACUCAAGGUUGGACUUGUUGAACGAGAGGAUUUCGCUUCCGGUACUUCGUCGCGAUCCACAAAGCUUCUUCAUGGAGGUGUUCGUUACUUGGAGAAAGCCGUCUUUAAUCACGACUAUGGACAAUACAAGUUAGUACUUCACGCACUUGAUGAGCGUAAAAGGGUUAUUGAUAAUGCACCACACCUAUGCCAUGCAUUGCCGUGUAUGACGCCGUGUUUUAGCUGGUUUGAAGUAGUGUACUAUUGGGCGGGCUUGAAAAUGUAUGAUUUGGUCGCGGGAAGACAAUUGCUGCACUUGUCAAGAUAUUAUUCCAGAAAAGAAUCUCUUGAGCUCUUUCCAACUUUAGCAAAGGAAGGAAAUGGUAGAAGUCUAAGUGGCACGGUUGUUUAUUAUGACGGGCAGAUGAAUGAUUCGCGACUUAAUGUUGGACUUGCCUGCACUGCUGCUUUAGCCGGUGCGGCUGUGCUGAACCAUGCAGAAGUGGUAUCCUUAUUGAAGGAUGAUGCUGGACAACGGAUAAUUGGUGCACGAAUUCGAAACAAUUUAACCGGCCAGGAAUUUGAUACAUAUGCAAAAGUGAUUGUGAAUGCAACUGGGCCAUUUUGUGACGGUUUAAGGAAAAUGGCUGACAAAAAUGCACAAGAAAUGAUUGCUCCUAGCAGUGGUGUACAUAUUACACUCCCCGAUUACUAUUCUCCUAAGGGAAUGGGCUUAAUUGUGCCUAAAACCAAAGACGGUCGUGUUGUUUUCAUGCUUCCAUGGAUGGGGCGAACCAUCGCUGGAACUACAGAUUCUAGUACUAGCAUUACAUAUCUCCCGAAACCACAUGAAGAUGAAAUACAUUUUAUAUUGGAUGCAAUAUCUGAUUACCUUAACGUUAAGGUUCGCCGUGCUGAUGUUCUUUCUGCUUGGAGUGGCAUUCGCCCGUUAGCAGUGGAUCCAACAGCAAAAAAUACUGAGAGUAUCUCAAGGGAUCAUAUUGUCUGUGAAGAUUACCCUGGUUUGGUCACUAUCACCGGUGGCAAGUGGACUACCUAUCGUAGCAUGGCAGAAGAUGCUGUUAAUGCAGCUAUAAAGUCUGGAAAGCUGACCCCUGCCUAUGGAUGUAUGACCAACAAGCUCUGCAUUGUUGGUGGUGAAGGGUGGGAUCCUUCUUCUUUUACAGUUCUUGCUCAAGAGUAUAAGCGCAUGAAAAGUACACACGGUGGUAAAGUUGUUCCUGGAGUAAUGGACUCUGCUGCUGCAAGGCAUUUGUCUCGUGCAUAUGGAACGUUGGCUCAGCGUGUGGCUGCCAUUGCUCAGGAUGAAAAUUUGGGCAAGCGGCUUGUCCAUGGUUACCCGUAUCUAGAGGCGGAGGUAGCCUACUGUGCUCGUAAUGAAUAUUGUGAAUCUGCUAUCGAUUUCAUUGCAAGGAGGACUCGUCUUGCUUUCCUUGAAACUGAUGCAGCGAGAAGGGCAUUGCCUCGCGUGAUCGAAAUAUUGGCAAAAGAGCACAAAUGGGACAAUUCAAGGCAGAAGGAAGAGUUGCAGAAGGCUGCAGAUUUUUUGAAGACUUUUAAAUCCUCAGAAAAUGCCCAGUUUAAUGAUGGGAAGCACACUUAGUAUGUGCAAAAAACAAUACACUAGUUAGUAGUUAUAUAUUAAACACUACAGUUAUAGAAAAUAGUUCAUGGUUUUUCAAAAUCAAAGUAUAUUUCAAUCAAAUAUGUAUAACAUUAGUUUAUUUCAAUGUUCUUCCAAUG